GAGCUUCCCGUCGUCGCUCACUCGACGCGCUCCCGCAUUUUACCUGUUAGCCAAGCCAAGCGACAGAGCAGAUGUUAUACAACUGUAACUGAACACAGUUAGUGAAUAUCUCAGUAUUUAACCCUGACGUUUACGGAAGGAAGUUAACUGAUCGAUAUCAACGAACAUAUUAUCAAACUUUAGGAACAGCAGAACAAGGAUAUCUGACAUUUGCCAGGAUGCACUUUUCCAGCUGUCUGUGUACCCUCCUCGUCGCGCUUGUCUACCAAGUGAGCGCUAUGGAUACUGUUAUCGGCCUGUAUGGAGAGACCGUUGAGGUGCCAUGCAACAAUGGAGCCCCCAAACCAAAGGACCUGUUCAUAACAAAAUGGAAAUACGACAAUGGAGACCUGCUGACCCAGCUGAAAGACCAGGAUGCCUCUGUCAUAGCCACUGACAAGUACAAAGACCGUGUCAGCAUGGCCGAAAACUCCAGCCUGCUGAUUGCUGCAGCAUCACUGAAGGACGAGAAGACUUUCACCUGCAUGGUGGUGGCUGGGGCUGACAUCUCAGAAUACCCUGUCAAACUCCUUAUCCACAAGGCUCCAACCGGAGUGGAGAUCACAGCCCUAGCCGCAGAGCUGGAGAUUGGCAAACCAACCCAGCUAGGGCAGUGCAGCGCCCCUGAUGCCAACCCAGCUGCCAACAUCACAUGGUUCAAGAACAAGAAACAUCUGGUGGCGGAUGGGAAAGGCAUUAUAAUCAGUUCCAAAGUGAAGGUGGACGAAGUCACUGGCCUCACCACCACUUCCUCCACUCUUCAGUACACAGCUGAGAAGGGAGACACAGAUGCUCUGUUCACCUGUGGGGCCCUGAACGCAUUGUCCUCCCCAGUCUCCUUCACUGUCACCUACCCCACAGAGAGGGUCAGUCUACAUGUCAUUUCUAAAGGGCCCCUUAUGGAAGGAGACAACGUGACUCUGAAGUGCAAGGCCGACGGGAACCCACUUCCCACCAGCUUCAACUUCCACAUUCAGAGAAAGGUGGUGAAGGUGGAGAACUCUGACUCCUACACUGUGACUGAUGUCACACGUGACAGCACAGGGGAAUACAAGUGUUCUAUCAUUGACAAUGCCAAGAUGGAAGACUCCAAGAACAUUACCAUCAAUUACCUGGAUAUGAGUUUGAGCCCCUCUGGGAAGGUCAUGAAGAGCACCGGCGAAAGCUUGGCUCUGAACCUGCAGACCGAUGCGUCUGGAGAACUCAGGGUGUCCUGGACUAAGGACAAUGGCAAACUAGACAAAAUCCCUAAGUUUGACAAGCUGACCUACUCUGAUUCUGGAAAGUAUGAGGUUGUGGUCACCAUGGGCGCUCUCAUCAAGAAAGCCUCUUUCGAGCUGGUCGUUGAAGGUAUUCCAGUCAUCCGGCGGUUGGCCAAGCAGCGUGGCGAGGACGGCCAGCACAAGGUACUGACCUGCGAGGCUGAGGGCUCCCCCAAACCCACUGUGGCCUGGAGCGUCAACGGCACCUCGGCUGAUGAAAGUCCCUACGUCAAUGGGAAGAUCUCACACAAGCUGACCAUUGUGCCUACAGUCAACCUGACCGUUGUCUGCACUGUGUCCAAUGAGCUUGGCCAGGACACCAGGGCUAUUAACGUGUCGACCUUAUUUGAGGAGGUGAGAAUGGAUAAACAAGGCUCAUCAGAUGACAGUGACACAACAAAGUUGGUGGUGGGAGUUAUUGUUGGUCUGCUCCUGGCCACUGUAGUUGUGGGUCUAGCAUACUGGCUGUACCUGAAGAAAUCCAAGCAAGGCAGCUGGAAGACUGGUGAGAAGGAGGAUGGAUCCACUGAGGAGAGCAAGAAACUUGAGGAGAAAAUAGAGGAGAAGCUGGAGGAAAACAGCCAGAAAGUUGAGGUGUAAAGAAAAGGAAUGUUUAAAGAAUGAGAGAAAAAAAAAGUGCGGAAGCGGCAACUAGAAGCUUUUGCUCACUUCUGUUAAAAUUUGAAAAGGGGGCAUUGAACUGGAUGAAGACCAUUUGGAUUUGGACUUAUCCACAAAACUUUAUUUCCUCUGAAUAUUGAAAGAAAAAAACUGUCUAAAUGAAAUGUGUUGUACAUAAGCCUAAAUUGUCUGCGCUAUGGAUAAAAUGUGUUAACUUUCCUUUGUAAUAGUUUUUGUUUCAAGUGUUGGUUAAGAAGGAUUUGGUCAAAUUGAGAAAAAUGCCAAUUGGAGUGCUUGGCUUGGAUUUAAUUAACGUUAUUGCUAUUACAUUUACAUUUAACAUUUAAGUCAUUUAGCAGACGCUCUUAUCCAGAGCGACUUACAAAUUGGAAAGUUCAUACAUAUUCAUCCUGGUCCCCCCGUGGGGAAUGAACCCACAACCCUGGCGUUGCAAGUGCCAUGCUCUACCAACUGAGCCACACGGGACCUAUUAGAAUAACUACUGGACCAGAUGCCUUUUCUGUAAGGAUGUGUGCAUUGACCUAUACCUCCCUGACCCUCAAUGCAUUAUAGAGGAUCUGAAGGUCUUCACCGCUGUUCCAUCUCAGUUCCAUAUCAUCAACACAACCAAACACCCAUUAACACAACCGAACGCAGUCAAUACAUUUUGUCAAUUUUUUAUGGAACAUACACUGCCAUUUUGUGUAGUCUCCAUUGGAAAAAUAAACUGUUGAAUAUUUUAAUGAAAGGGCUAAGGGAAGGGUAUAGGCUACAUAACUAGCUUUAGUUGUAACGUAAUAUGAGUUAAGCAUUAUACCAAGAUGCAUCACUUUGCAUUGCAGGAAGUAGAAGAUCUGUUGUACAAAUUAUUUCAUGACAUGUUACAUGGUUCCUGUUUGUUUUUUGUACAUUUUUGCCAUCAAAAGUAUCAGGAGAUAGAGUGAUGCUGUUAGAGUGAUGCAUGCAGAGUGAUGAGUGAUGCAUGCAGUACACUCUGACCAUCUGUUUGUGUAUCAGUGGGUUGUGUUUAGUUUGGACAUAACCACUACAUUACAGAAUAUGUCUUAUCUCAGUUGUAUUCAUAGUGUUAAAUUCUGUGCUUUUAUGUCAUUUUUUAUGUGUAAAGAGACAAGUUGUCCAGCAGUUGCAUACUUCACAACUUAGGUCAGGGUUAUGAGUAGCAUUUACUGAACCUGCAAAUAUAUCAGACCUAGAUGUAAAUGUGAUUUGUUUUGGUUAUUUUUAGCUAUUUAUAUUGUUCAAGAUUACAAGGUUAGCAUCUCUGUUAGUUAUAUUCAAUUAUUCUCACAAAUUUAACCACUUUUUAACCGCUUUAAAAUUUAACCGCUUUAAAGGUACUGAACAAUUGAUAGUAAUUUCUUGCAGUUAUUUGACAAUAAUAAUUAUAAUGUAAGCCUUCUGUGGAUUUUGAGCCUUCUGUAGAUUUCUAUGAGAUUUACCACAUAUCUCAUACUGUCAGCUUGCUGUUUGUGUCCUACGUUGUAGUUAAUGUGAAACCAACAAAUUGGAAAUAAGACCAAAGAGGGUAAAUAUUGCCAUGCAAGUAUUGUAAAUACUGGCUUUUGUUUUUGUACUUUUGUUUAAAAUAAAGUGUAGCCUACAUUUUGAA